AGUCCAAUGCAUGUCACCGGACAAUUUAAAAGAAGAAAGAGAGAUAGCUCUCACCCACUCAGGCCCCUCGAAAGCCCCGAACACUAACAGAGACUUCUUCUUCUUCUCUCUGAUACCAAAGCAUUCAGAAAAAUUCAUUUCAAAAAUUCUCUAUUGCUUCCUCCAUGGCCUUUCUUCAACAUUUACUUGUUCUUGAGCUAAUUAGCCUUUUCAUCAUCAUAAACCAACCCCAAUACUCUCUCUCAGCUGCAAUACAGAAAGCACUGAUAUUGCCCCUCAAAACCCAGACACUCCCACAUGGUGGGUCACCCCCAAAACCUUCAAACAAGCUUGCUUUCCGCCACAACGUCACCUUAACAGUCUCCCUCACCCUUGGCUCGCCUCCACAGACCGUUACCAUGGUCCUCGACACAGGAAGUGAGCUCUCUUGGCUCCACUGCAAGAAAAACCCAAUCUUCAACUCCAUAUUCAACCCGCUUCUCUCUUCUUCCUACUCCCCAAUCCCAUGCUCCUCCCCCGUAUGCAGAACCCGGACCCAGACCCUACCCAUACGCCCUUCCUGUGACCUGAAUAAGCUCUGCCACACGAUUAUCUCCUACGCUGACGCCACCUCCAUUGAGGGCAACCUCGCCUUUGAAACUUUCAAUAUCGGAAACUCCGCCCGACCCGGUACGAUAUUCGGGUGCAUGGAUUCUGGGUUCAGUUCCAACUCUGAGGAGGACUCAAAGACAACCGGAUUGAUGGGUCUGAACCGGGGUUCCUUGUCGUUCGUCAACCAAAUGGGUUUCCCGAAAUUCUCCUACUGUAUAUCGGGUCGUGACUCGUCCGGUGUUCUGCUUUUCGGCGAAUCGAGUUUCUCUUGGCUCCAACCCUUGAACUACACCCCUUUGGUUCAAAUAUCGCAACCGUUACCAUAUUUUGAUCGGGUGGCCUAUUCAAUCCAACUCGAAGGGAUUAAAGUUUCGGGUAAAAUUUUGUCGCUCCCGAAAUCCGUCUUUGUACCGGAUCAUACAGGGGCGGGACAGACCAUGGUCGACUCGGGUACUCAGUUCACAUUCCUACUCGGCCCGGUUUACACCGCUUUGAAGAACGAGUUCAUGCAACAAAUGAAGGGAAUAUGGAGUCCUUUGGGUGAUCCCAACUUUGUUUUUCAAGGAGCUAUGGAUUUGUGCUACCGAGUCCCUUUGACUCGGCCAAGUUUGCCCCAGUUGCCUAGAGUGAGCCUGAUGUUUCGGGGGGCCGAAAUGGUCGUAUCGGGAGAGAGGUUAAUGUAUCGGGUACCGGGCAUGGUGAAGGGUGGUGAUUCGGUGUAUUGUUUCACAUUUGGGAACUCUGACUUGUUGGGUAUAGAGGCUUUCGUGAUUGGUCAUCAUCACCAGCAGAAUUUGUGGAUGGAGUUCGAUUUGGUGAAGUCUAGGGUUGGACUAGCUGAGGUUAGGUGUGAUCUUGCAAGUCAAAGGCUUGGAUUGGCUCUUUAGGUGAAACCUGUAGGCUAAACUUUUAGGCUCACUGCAUACAACUUAUAUUCACUUGCUCUUGUUGCAUCCGUUGGAGCACAUAUGCAAUCUAUAAAGUGUAUUUUGCAUGCCAAUUUUUACACUAAUUUAUUAUUUACUAACUUGACAUGA